AUGAGUGAAGACUACAAGUUCACGAGCAUUGAGGCCGCUGCCUUCAAGAGCACCCUCGAGAAGCACCCUGGCGCCGCAGUCAUCGAUGUGAGAGAUGUUGACUUUGGUCAGGACGGCGGAGUGCUCAAUGGCAGUAUGCACGUCCCUGUCAACACGAUCGACGCUAAUCCGGACACUGUCCUCCAAUUCAAGGACACCCCAGCGUGCUUUGUCUACUGUAGGUCAUCCGGCAGGCGCGCCCACCGCUCGGCCCAUGCAAUCCAGACAGCCUUUCCGGAGAAGCCCGUUUAUCUGGUUAAGGGCGGGAUCCGCGCCCUAGUGCAAACCCUCCCAGCCAGCGAGUUUACUCAGCAUGAAUAA